AUGAAUGUCCUAGUUUAUUCGGGACCAGGUACUACUACAGAAAGCGUGAAGCACUGUUUAGAGACACUAAGACUUCACUUAUCCCCUUAUAAUGCAGUCACUUCUAUCUCAGAGAACUCAUUAUUGAACGACCCGUGGAUGUAUAAAACUUCGUUAUUGGUUUUACCAGGAGGAGCAGACUUACCAUUUUGUCGGGCUUUAAAUGGGGAUGGUAAUCGAAAGAUCUCACAGUUCGUCAAAAAAGGAGGUAAAUUUAUUGGAUUUUGUGCUGGUGGAUAUUAUUCUUCUAGUAGGGUUGAGUUUGAAGUAGGUGAUCCAAAAAUGGAGGUUUCAGGUUCUCGAGAAUUGGGAUUCUUUCCAGGAAUUGCUAAAGGAUGUGCUUAUAAGGGCUUCAUGUAUGAAUCACACGGAGGAGCCAAAGCUACUAAAUUGGCAGUUAAUACAAAUGCAUUGCUGAAUUGUGUUCCAGAAGCAUAUAACUAUUAUAAUGGAGGAUGUGUCUUUUUGAAUGCAUCAAAAUAUUCAAAUGUGGAAAUAUUGGCUAGAUACACCGAGCCACUAGAUGUGGAAGAUGAAGAGAAGGCAGCAGUUAUAUACUGCAAAGUUGGGAAAGGGGAUGUAUUAUUGACUGGAUCUCAUCCAGAAUUCACUCCACUGUUAUUGAGUUCCUCCGAUGGCGAUCGGAAUUUUCAACAAGUGAUUGAUACAUUAAACGAAAAUGAUUAUGGCAGAAAAGUAUUCAUGAAAGAAUGCUUACUCAAAUUGGGUUUGCGUGUUAAUGAGGAUGUGAAUACGUCGAUUCCCAAGAUAACACCAAUCUAUUUGCUGUCUAACCUAAACCCAACAAACAUGACUAAAUUGAUGAGCGAUUUGAAAGAAAAUCUUGAUUUUGUCAAUGGUAAUACAUUUGAAGAUAAUCACGAUACUUUCAGCUUCCACGAAGAGACAGAGGAAAUAAAUAGCUAUGCUUCUGAUUCAACAAAUGAAAUUGAAGAUCCACACGCAGCUGUCAAGCACAUCAAAGUGUUUACAUCUAGAAACUUACCUAGCAGCAAGGAAACGCCCUAUUUUGACAUGUCUACAUAUUUUGAAACAUUAGGAAUGUUGAGUAAGUACAGCGGUAAAGUUGGCGAUUUUGGAUCCAUGCUUGGGUAUGGAGAGGUUGUUAGCUCGACUAAUGCCAUGCUUGAGUCCAAUCCUCAUUUGCUCCGUCAUUUACCCAAUGGAUUCACGUUAUCAGCAACGACACAGGUAGCUGGAAGAGGACGUGGAGGUAAUGUUUGGAUUAAUCCUAAAGGCGUGAUGGCACAAUCUAUAUUGUUCAAGAUUCCGUCGGGCCAGAACCAAUCCUCUUCUAUCGUUACGCUACAAUAUUUAUGCGGAUUAGCUUUGAUUGAGCUGAUACUAGGAUAUGGUAGCAUAGAACCAGGAAAUGGUGUAGGGUAUGAAGACUUGCCAGUCAAAAUCAAAUGGCCUAACGAUAUAUUUGCGUUAAAACCAGAGUACUUCAAUUCUUUAGACGACAAAAAUGAAUUCACCCAGACUGUUGAUGGAGAUGAUGAGAAAUAUGCAAAGAUAUCGGGUGCUUUGAUUAAUUCACAGUUCUUGAAUAACCAAUUCCAUCUAGUUUGGGGUGUAGGUGUUAAUGUUUCAAAUUCUGCUCCCACCACAUCUCUUAACCUUGUAUUAGCAAAGUUAAAUGAAAUCAGAGAAAAAAAUGGCUUGAGUCCAUUACCUCCGUUCAAGCAUGAAGUAUUAUUGGCAAAAUUAAUGUACACUAUAGACCAAUUCUAUAGUGUAUUUAAGCAUUCUGGUAUUAAGCCAUUUUUACCAUUAUAUUACAAGAGGUGGUUCCACUCUUCACAAACCGUGAAGUUAGAUGCCCACGGGAAUGGCCAGACAAGAACAUGUAUUAUCAGAGGUAUUACGUCUGAUUACGGAUUGCUUAUUGCUGAAGAUAUCAAUAAUGGCGAAACAUUAGAAUUGCAACCUGACGGGAACUCAUUUGAUAUUUUCAAAGGAUUAGUCUACAAGAAAACUUAA